AUGGAUGUCGACACACUGGAGGUCCAGUUCACAGUGUUCCGUGCUCCGAACAGCUCACUGCAGUUCCAGCAAACAUCUCUGUUCAACGGACACGUGAUCUUUUCCUGCAACAGCCAAACACUAACAGACCAACCAAGACAGGCCUGGGUUACACACACAUUCACCCAAGAGGAACUGGAGGAGAGACGCAUGCAGUGUGAGGGUCAGCGUAAUGAGCACUUUGCUUGUUUGGCGAGUAUAGACAACACUAUCACAGCAGAGUUUCUUCAGAGACGUCGUGGUUGUAUGAUCAACAGCUCAGGAGUAUUUGCUUUUGAAGAGUGGUGUGUCAAUGGAGAGGACUUCUUGACCUUUGAACCCCAGACUCUUAAAUGGACUCCUCUGUCUGACCUGGCAACCCCUAUGGCAGCAAAGUGGAACAAGCAUGACAUCAGGAAUCGUGUGUUUGGGGACUUUUUACACCAAGUCUGUCCAAAGGCCCAUGAUACCUUGAAGUUGAAGAGAGCAACAUGGAUCAAUGAAUCAGCACAAACGGAAAUGGAACUCCAUAUUUUUUCCAACCCCGUCCCAGGAAGUGCCUCCACACACUUACAGUGUCAUGUGACAGCCUUUGACCUAUCAGGAGUCAGAAUCCAGUUAACCAAAGAUGGGGUUCCUCUGGACUGUGGGGUGGAGCGGCUUGGACCGCGUCCCAAUGGAGACGGAACCGUUCAGAUGAGAGUCGGGGUUCAAACCACAAGGGACACCAAUAAACACUAUCGAUGUGAGGCUCACAGUCAGACUGUCAACAAGUCUGUCCUGUUCGAUGACCCAUCACGUCACAAAAAUGCCAUUGCCAUUGGGGCUGCCAUUGGGGCUGCUUGUGUUGUUGUGUUCCUGGUUAUUAGGGGGAAUGUUGAGGAGAAGCAGCUCAAUCCUCCCACUUCAGUCAUUGGUGACUCCUACCUUCUGCCCACCUCACACUCUGGCAUCCCACGUCUCCUCCCUACAGGUUCCUCACUGUACCACAGGGCGGGUCCCUGA